ACUCUCGGCCAUACUAGGGCAUUUGGGAGCAUAGAUUAGUUCAGCAUUUUAAUAAUAUUAUUUCUUGUUAUGUUAACUAACCAUUCCUAUGAGCAAGUAUGACAAGGGGACAAUAUUCAUCAAUAAUAAGUAGUUUAAGAGAAUCUAUGUGUAGGUCUGCGUCCAGUGUUUACAAGUUGGUACUCAUCGUCAUCAUGGCAAAUCUAGGACUUCUAGCCAUUACAUUUUUUCUGGGAAAAAAACUUUUUUAUGUAAUAUUUUUAUCGAUGGCAUAUGUAUAUACUCUCUCUCUCUGUUGUUUCAUUAGGUAACUCAUUACCCCUUUGUUUACGUUUAACUGUUCAUUGGUCAGUGAUCAGCCAUUAUCAUAUGUAUAACUUCUUUAUGUAGAUGGAAUAAUCGUAUCAUAGGCAUCUGGAACAUGACAUUCUUAUAUGCGUCUCAGUCACUAUUAUCACCGUCAUAGUCAGUAACAACCUCUUUGAAACAACAAAUGAUCCUGUCGGAUGAAGAUCUCAAUUUCAGUUUUGAUGAAAUACAAAAAGAAUUAGCCAAUUUAGGUGUAACCAGUUUAAAUAAUCAGCAGUUGAUUCGUUUAAAAAAUGAUUUAGAUGUAUUAAUUAAUAAAGAGAAAUGUUUGUUACGUCAUUUAAAACAACAACCAUCAUCUCAAUCACUAACGAAUAAGAAUAAUGAUAGUCAUUCCAUUAAUCCUACCCAGCAACAAAUUUAUGAUAAUCAUCAUAAUACUACUACUAAUACUGCUGAUAAUUCUAAGAAGAUUGUAUCUUAUCCAUUGAAAUCUUCUGUUUCUUCAUCUCCUCCAUCACCAUCGUCAUCAUCAUGUUUUUCUGUGACACAUGAAGACUUUUCAAAUUCUAAUAUAAACAGUAGUGAUUGUACUAGUGUAAAUGAUUCAAUGGAAAAAGUGAUUCAAUGUAAAUCAUCCAUACCAAAUAACCAUUCUCUGAACUUGGAUAAAAAAAACCUAUCUAAUGAUAGUUUUGUAUUGAAUGACGUACAAUUAUCCCCUAAAUAUCAUCAUAAACAUGAUCAUUGUCUACAUCAGAAACCAUAUUCUUCAACUGAUUCACAAAUAACAGUCUGCUUUUCAACAACUAACGAGGUAAUGAAUAAUCUUGACACCGCAUCUAUCUCAUCGUCAUUAUCAUCAACAACUCUAUUACAGAAUGAAGCUGAAAAUCAUUUUGAAGAGAAACAACAGCAGAAACUUUAUCACUAUCACCAUUACCAACGUCAACAGCAAAAACAUACAGUUCAAUCUGGGAAUGAAUUAACCAGCAGUAAACAAUCUGUAAAUUUUGGAUAUAAUGAUGCUAAUGGACAACCUAUUCAUUCCAAAUCUUCUAUGAAAAACUUUCAAAAAAGUCGUGACAUCGCACACCAUCUAAAUAAUGAAUUCAUACAUUCACCAAUGAAGACGAUAACAUCGUCAUCAACGGAUAAAAACAACUGUCACCUGAAGUCUGUUUCUAAAGAUUCGUCUAAUCAGUUGGGAAGAUCGUCUGCAUAUCUUCAUCUCCAACAUCAACAACCACGUCAUUCUCAUCAACAUUUGCAUUAUGAUCAAGAAAGUAGAGAUAAAUUACAUGGAAAAUGUGAACGGAUUGUUGAAAACGUCCAUACACAUACUACAACUAAUGGAGAUCAACACGAUUAUCGUAGUAAUAACUUGUCAACAUCGAAUAAUAAUAAGUUGGAAAAGACAUUAAGGUGUUAUAAAAUUAAUGAUGUUGAUUAUCAACGCCAAAAAUGUACUAUGAAUAUUACCACAGCGACGAAUUCCUCAAGAAGAUCAGCUCGAUUUCUAGAUAAUCCUGUUGAACAAGUUCAUAGUGUACCACAACAACAACAACAACGACCUGAAUCUGCACAACACUGUCAAAAAGGAAAUGAUUGUUGUGGUUAUAAUUCUCGAUCAUUACAUUCCCAAAGACCGGUAUCAACUAGUACACAUAGACAAAAACAAGAUCCAGUUGCAAAAUACCAUUCAUAUCAACGAAGUUGGUCAAUUCAUUCUACACCCGGUGAAAAUGCACGACGUGUUCUACGUUGGAAUAUAAGAACAGCAAUGAUGCAUAGAGAAAUACCAUUGUUACAACGCAAUUCCGCGGAAGUUAUUCGCCUUUUAGGUCCAUAUGCAUCAGUUUAUUUAGAACAAGAAAGGCAGCGACGAAUUAAAGCUUUAAAGCUGGAUUACAUUCCACCAACUAAUAGACGUUAUAAUGAAUUACGUCAAAUUAUUCGUUCAUUAAUUGGGUAA